AUGGAACAUUUAGUUUCAUUGAGAAUCAAAGAUACUCUUUAGAGAUACAGAAUUCUUAAAAAAUUAGGAGGUGGUGGCUAAGGAAACGUUUACUUAGCUGAAGAUCUAGAUCACCCCUAACGAUAAUGUGUUGCAUUAAAGCAAAUUUAUGCUAAAAGUGCGAAUUAUGCAAUCGAUGCAAUCAUUGCUAGCUAUGCAAGACUUGCCAGCAUCAGCCUUAAUCACUACAUGAAAUAAAUUAGUAAAAAGAAUCAGAAACCUUGGCCAAGGAAGAAUUAUCCAAAGAACUCCUACGAUUAUUCAGAGAAAUCUCAUCAGUUCAGCUUAAGCAUCUGA